CUGCGCGCCGGAGCUCCGGGCAGCACCGAGACGGAGCCGCGGCACGAAGGGAACGGUGCUGAGGACAGCGGUGCCGAAGCCGGGAUGGACGGAGAGCGGCACCGGGACAGAGAAGGAAGCGUGCGCGGCCAUCAGCCACCUCCGUGUGGGGAAAAAAGAUAACGAGAAAAAGCCAAGUAAAAAGUGAAGAAUAAGAGCUAAGAGAAGAAUGGCUGGCAAGAAAUACGGAGAGAGCAACGCACAGCAUUGCAAAGGAAAGCCAGGCAAGAGUAGCAGCAAAAGGCAGGAGAAUCCAGAUGAAUUCCGUGAAGAGCAAGAGAGAUGAGGGCGCUGAUGCUCCUUAUCCAGAGGAUUGGGUGGAUGCUGCUUUUGUGCCUCAGGGGAAACCCAGAGGUCCUCUCGGUGAAGCACCGAAGCGGAGUCCUGUUGCUGAGCCUGGGCUGGAUGCCAGAGGUCCUGAGAGACGGAGAGAGGCAUGGAGAAUUGGAGAAUAUCCGCAGAGGCUGUGCCAUGUCCUGAAGGAAAUGGUGGAGGAGAAGGCAGCGCACAGUCCUGAGAGACGGAGAGAGGCAUGGAGAAUUGGAGAAUAUCCGCAGAGGCUGUGCCAUGUCCUGAAGGAAAUGGUGGAGGAGAAGGCAGCGCACGGUCCUGAGAGACGGAGAGAGGCAUGGAGAAUUGGAGAAUAUCCGCAGAGGCUCUGCCAUGUCCUGAAGGAAAUGGUGGAGGAGAAGGCAGCGCACGGUCAUUGAUGAAGAUGUUGAACAAGACCGGACCCAGCACAGACCCCUGAGGAACACCGCUGGUUACAGGCCUCCAACCGGACUCUGCAUCACCAACAACGACCCUCUG